CGGUGCCGCUGUCCGGAGGGUCGAGGCCGCGGGGACCUGUUCCUCCAACCGGCGGGUGAAUGGCGGCCGUGGAUGAUCUCAAGUUCCAAGAAUUUGACGAUGCAGCUAAUUUGCUUGCAGCAAAUCCUGAUGCCACCACAAUAAGCAUCGAUGAGCCAGAAAUCCCCAAGAAUCAGCACGGCCGCCUGCAGGAGCCCAGGAGAGAAGAGGAUGAUGAGUUACUGGGAACCGAUGACUCCGAUAAAACAGAGCUGCUUGCAGGACAGAAGAAAAGUGCCCCUUUCUGGACGUUUGAGUACUACCAGACGUUCUUCGAUGUGGACACAUACCAGGCACAUCUGUCUGUUUUCACAGGUCCUGGACAGAAUCAAGGGUUCAGUUUUCCCAGUACCAGGGAAGAACUUUGUAAGGCUGUAUAUCCGCAGCAAUCCCGACCUUUAUGGUCCCUUUUGGAUAUGUGCCACGCUCGUCUUUACCAUUGCUGUUAGUGGCAAUCUCUCAAACUUCUUCAUCCAUUUGGGCAAACCAACGUACCACUACGUGCCCCAGUUCAGAAAAGUGUCCAUAGCAGCAACAGCCAUUUAUGCAUACGCUUGGCUUGUUCCCCUUGCUCUCUGGGGUUUCCUGAUGUGGAGGAACAGUAAAGUCAUGAACAUUGUCUCCUACUCGUUCCUGGAGAUAGUGUGUGUGUACGGCUACUCCCUCUUCGUUUAUAUUCCCACAGCGAUUUUAUGGAUCAUACCACAAAAAGUGGUGCGCUGGGUGCUGAUGAUAUUCUCCCUGUGCCUCUCUGGCUCUGUUUUGGUGAUGACCUUCUGGCCUGCUGUCCGAGAUGACAACCGCAGGAUUGCGCUGGCAACCGUGGGGACCGUGGUUCUGCUCCAUGCCCUGCUGGCUGUCGGCUGCUUGGCGUACUUUUUUGAUGCUCCUGAACUGGAUUUUCCUGCACCUAUCGUCCCUGCUCACAAUGCAACAACAGUAAUAACAAAGAACCUGUAAAUAAGAUCACAACACCCAUUUCUCCAUCUGUACAGCAACUUCAGGUUAUUUUUCCACUGAAGCCCAUGGGAAGUGCAGUAAGAAGGGAUGCUUUUGUACAAGAGGACAGCGAUGUCCCACGGAUAGAAGGACAUCUCCAUGUGUGCUGGACACUCGUUCCGUGAAGAGAGUGAACUGUUGAUCCUAAUCCUUUACACUACUUUGUCUUUAAAUCCUGCCUACGCUCCCCACACCUCUGAAUAAAGUGUCUGAAGGGGA